AUGGAUUCCACGUCGUCUUUUAUUAAAUCUGUAACCAAGAGAGUAUGGUCUCCAACACAGCGGCCCUUUAGGGUCUGCUGUUCCAAAAGGGAGAUCAGGAAAGGAGUCACUGCUGGAACUCUAGAGGAGCUAAAAGAGAGAGUUUGUCAGGCAUUGCUGCUUUCCCUAUCGGCUAUGUCUUUGUCUCUAGUUUGUGAAGAAGAUGGUACAGAGGUGGAUUCAGACGAGUUCCUUAUCACACUGCCAGACAACACCAUGUUUAUGGUGUUAAAACCGGGGCAAAACUGGAAACCUCUUUCUGGAGCUGUGGCUAAAACCCCCAGUAAGCCUCACAAUGGUAAAGACAUUGCUCGUGUUACUUUUGACCUAUACAAGAUGAGCCCGAGGGACAUGUUUGGCUCCCUGAGUGUGAAGGCAACUUUCCAAGGCUUGUAUUCAGUCAGUGCAGAUUUCCAAUGUCUCGGACCAAAGAAAAUUCUUAGAGAGGCUCUCAGGGUUGCAUCGGCUCUACUUCAGGCAGCAGGACAUCUGCUUCUAACCUCUGCUGCAAUGAUUCGUCGCAUCAUUGAAGGGGUUGAGCUUUGGCAGCCACAGAGACGGGGAGAGUACACCGCCACUUGGAACUGA